GCUCACUGCAUGUGGUUAGGAAGCAGAUCCCGUAGCUGCGCACUUCCGCUGCAGGCUAUUUGGAGCUGCCCGCCCCUUCCGCCGCCGCCCUGGAGUUCCUGGCCCCAGUCCCAGCCAGCCCUGGCCCCUGUCGUCCGUGCCCUGCCUCUGAGUGGCCGCUGAGCGCGCGCGCUCACGACCCACAAGGACCCGCGAGCUCCGCCGCCGUGAUGAACAUCCGCAAUGCUAGGGUGAGGUGACGGGGAGCCAGCCUGUGCGCGCAGCGUGGGCGCCUUACCGGGUGAUCGUGUGCGCAUGCUACCGAGGGACCUGGUGCUGUGGCCCGGCACGUCUACGGCCGCCAGACUUUAAGGCUGCUGCUGCAACCUGCUUUCGACGUCUCGCGAUUUGCCACAUUUGCCUAAUGUCAGGACUGCGUUAAGCCAGCUGCACAACCUACGGGCGCUGUUGCUCAGUCCUGGAACUGGCACGUUUUUGCACGGCACACAGAAACCUGGAUUUUUCAAAGUCGAGGAGUCUUAACUCUGCCCUGCCUGGGGGGAAGGGGAGGCGGCCCAGAGGUUGACACAGAACGGGGUCCCGCGUGUGUGAGACCCCUUAGUCCGUGUAGCCCUAGACUCACCAUGUCCCGCUGUCAUGCAGCCCGAGGACCUGAUGAACACGCAGCACUGCAACCUCCUCUGCCUGCCCGAGAACUACCAGAUGAAGUACUAUUUCUAUCAUGGCCUUUCUUGGCCCCAGCUCUCUUAUAUUGCUGAGGAUGAGAAUGGGAAGAUUGUUGGCUACGUCUUGGCCAAAAUCGACCAACCAGUGGUUCAUCCCAGCUGUGAGAGGGGAUAUCCAGCCAGGGUGUGCAGCCUAUGGCUUUGUGUGUGAUGGUACUCGUCUGCUGGUGUUUGGUGGGAUGGUGGAGUAUGGAAAAUACAGCAACGACCUCUAUGAACUCCAGGCAAGUCGCUGGGAAUGGAAGAGAUUGAAAGCAAAGACGCCCAAAAAUGGGCCACCUCCGUGUCCUCGACUUGGACACAGCUUCUCCCUCGUGGGCAAUAAAUGUUACCUAUUUGGGGGUCUGGCCAAUGAUAGUGAAGACCCCAAGAACAACAUUCCAAGGUACCUGAAUGACUUAUAUAUUCUUGAACUACGGCCUGGCUCUGGAGUGGUUGCCUGGGACAUCCCCAUCACUUACGGGGUCCUGCCUCCACCACGGGAGUCACAUACUGCUGUGGUCUACACUGAAAAAGAGAACAAGAAAUCCAAGCUGGUGAUCUAUGGAGGAAUGAGUGGCUGCAGGCUAGGGGACCUUUGGACCCUGGACAUUGAGACACUGACAUGGAAUAAGCCCAGCCUUAGUGGGGUGGCCCCUCUUCCUCGGAGCCUCCACUCUGCAACCACCAUAGGAAACAAAAUGUAUGUGUUUGGUGGCUGGGUGCCUCUUGUCAUGGACGAUGUCAAAGUGGCCACACACGAGAAGGAGUGGAAGUGUACCAACACACUGGCUUGUCUCAACUUGGAUACCAUGGCCUGGGAAACCAUCCUGAUGGAUACACUGGAGGACAACAUUCCUCGAGCUCGAGCUGGCCACUGUGCUGUUGCCAUCAAUACUCGCCUGUACAUCUGGAGUGGCCGUGAUGGCUACCGUAAGGCCUGGAACAACCAGGUGUGCUGCAAGGACCUAUGGUAUCUGGAAACAGAAAAGCCACCACCCCCGGCUCGAGUACAACUAGUCCGAGCCAAUACCAACUCGCUGGAGGUUAGCUGGGGCCCAGUGGCAACAGCCGACAGUUACCUUCUGCAACUCCAGAAAUAUGACAUUCCUGCCACGGCUGCUACGGCCAGCUCCCCCACUCCCAAUCCAGUUCCAUCUGUGCCUGCCAACCCUCCCAAGAGCCCUGCGCCAGCAGCAGCUGCACCUGCCGUACAGCCACUGACCCAAGUAGGCAUCACACUUGUGCCCCAGGCUGCCACUGCACCUCCAAGCACGACCACCAUCCAGGUCUUGCCAACAGUGCCAGGCAGCUCCAUUUCUGUGCCCACUGCAGCCAGGACUCAAGGUGUCCCUGCUGUUCUCAAAGUGACUGGUCCUCAGGCUACAACAGGAACACCACUGGUCACGAUGAGACCUGCCAGCCAGGCUGGAAAAGCCCCUGUCACUGUGACCUCCUUGCCUGCCAGUGUGCGAAUGGUUGUGCCCACACAGAGUGCCCAGGGAACGGUGAUUGGCAGUAAUCCACAGAUGAGUGGGAUGGCUGCAUUGGCUGCUGCUGCUGCUGCCACACAGAAAAUCCCUCCUUCCUCAGCACCCACAGUGCUGAGUGUCCCAGCAGGCACCACCAUUGUUAAGACAGUGGCUGUGACACCUGGCACAACCACUCUUCCAGCCACUGUGAAGGUGGCCUCCUCCCCUGUAAUGGUGAGCAUUUAUCUUCUGAGCCUGGUUAUGAGCUUGCACAGCCCUGGGUUUGGUGACUUCUAUGAUCAAACAAGCAGUGGCCAUUUGUUCUGGGCUUUGGACCACCCUUGAGGCAACUGGUUUAAA